AUGUGUUCAUCGGGCGGUGGAAGCAGCGGAGAUGAGGAGACUGGAACCGAAUCCGGUCGAAACGCAAAAUCCACCGACAAAACGAAAAAGAAGAAAAAGAAGAAGAAUGAUGACGAGAAGUUUCGAGAUGACAAAUCAAUAGAAAAAAACGAGACAAAAACUGCAAGUAUGGAGCAGCCCGUUGCAAAAACACAAGCAGCUAGUGAUCAACCACAUGAUGGUGGAUCACAACAAUCGAAGUCGAACGUCGCGUCACCGAAAUUUUGCAAAUCUACUGAAGCAACAAAGUCUGAAGAAUUACCAUUACCAAAAAAGAAAUUUAUUAACAAGAGCUCGGUCUAUAUUAAAACAACGGAUCAAAGAGAGGAAAAGAGUCGCGAGAUGGUCGAUGAAGAUGAUGACACGAUUCAAGAUGCUCCGUCGAUUAAACAGAAAAGAAGGGGAACUCCGAGUGGAAAUGAUUCGGAUGUAAUCAGUCGCCUAUUUUAA